GUCUCCGGUGAUGACAGCUUCACGCGCAUUGGGAACAGCGUUUGUUUUCUUCCUGUGGCUGCGAGCGUUCAGGGCAAGGCCUGGAGCCGUGGUAUCGCCUGCUGCCGCCGAACGGGGCCUGGAGCCGGGGCCUCGCCUGCAGCCGCUGAGGGAGUGAGUGGCAAUUGAAGGUGUGAGCGGCGCCUGGGCGGCCCAGUAUGGAUGACAGUAAGGUGGUGGGAGGUAAAGUGAAGAAACCUGGAAAGCGAGGCCGUAAGCCUGCUAAAAUUGAUUUAAAGGCAAAGCUUGAGAGAAGUCGCCAGAGUGCCAGAGAAUGCAGAGCAAGAAAAAAGCUGCGCUAUCAGUACUUGGAAGAGCUUGUAUCUAGAAGAGAGAGAGCAAUCUGUGCUCUGAGAGAAGAGCUAGAGAUGUACAAGCAAUGGUGCACAGCAAUGGAUCAGGGGAAGAUACCAUCAGAAAUAAAAGCACUACUAACAGGGGAUGAACAGAGCAAAGCACAGCAGACUGUGAACAAACCAGGAAAAACAAGAACUGAAGGAAGUGUCAAUUUGGCCUAGGAACACUCACCUUCUGUUACUUGUAAAUGAUGGUGUGGAAAUGUUCAAGACAAAGUCAGUCCUUGUUAGUGUAAACUAUAUUGUGAAAUACUGGAUUAACCAGAGAAAGAAGCUUUGAUAAUUAUUAACUGCAUCCUUUGACAAAGUUCAAAAUAUCACAUUCUUUAGCAAAUGUAGAAUAGUAUUUUAUGAACUCAAUUUAUGGGUUUCUGACCAUGCUGUAUAUCUGUAAGUAAUGUAAAUUGAAUGUGUGGUACUUUACUAUUUUUAAAUUAAAAAUUAUAAAACAAAA